AUGCCGAAAGAGGGGGAUUGCCUUGAAUUCAAGUUAUGGAAAAAUACGGUUAGACACCCAUUUGUUAUUUAUGCGGAUUUUGAAUCUUUGUUGGAAAAAACUGAUGAGAGUAUGGGGAAAAACACGAAAAUAAUUCAAAAACAUGAGGCGAUGAGCUAUGGAUAUUUGGUGAAGGCGAGUGCGAACGUACCGGUGGAACUUUUGGAGGAGUACGAGAUACCGACAAGACCGGUAUUAUACAGAGGAGACAAGGACCGUAAGGACGUGGCUAGGCACUUUGUAGAAGCGAUAGUUGAAGUGAGUCGGAAAAUCGAGAACUUGAUGAAGACGAAUAUACCUUUGACUAUGACUAAGAACCAAGAAAAAACACAUCAAGUGUGUACCGAGUGUAAUCUGUGUAAAUGUAGUUUAGCCGGAGUCGAUAAAGUUAAGGAUCAUGACCAUCUGACGGGCAAAUUUAGGCAAACUUUGUGCUCGAAGUGUAACUUAGGGUUACAACAACCUAAAUUUGUCCCCGUAUUUUUCCAUAACUUGUCUAACUACGACUCACACUUUAUAAUUACCGAACUUGGAUAUGACACUGAGUCUAUAUCCGUUAUACCGAACAGUGAGGAGAAAUUUAUAUCUUUUUCCAAGUAUAUAAGUAGUACCUUCACUGUUCGCUUUAUCGAUACAUUCAGGUUCAUGGCAUCGGGUUUAUCGUCUCUGGCUAAAAACUUAAUAACACCAGGUCUUGAGAACUUCCGUGAGACAGCGAAACAUUUUGUCGCCAGAGAUAUGCCACUCGUAACGCGGAAGGGGGUAUACCCGUAUGAGUACACCGAUAGCUGGAACAAGUUGAACGAUAAGGUAUUACCACGAAAGAGAGAUUUUUAUAGUACAUUGACUGAGUCGGGGAUUAAGGAGGCAGAAUUUGAGCAUGCGAAGGAGGUCUGGGACCACUUUGGGUGUAAGACGUUGGGUGAAUAUUCCGAUUUAUAUUUGAAAAUCGAUGUGUUGCUGUUGGCGGAUGUUUUCGAAAACUUCCGUGAUCUAUGUAUGUCAACAUACAAUUUAGACGCAGCACACUAUUUCACCGCACCCGGAUUAAGUUUUGACGCUAUGUUAAAGUUUACAGGUCAAAAGUUGGCGUUGUUGUCUGAUUACAAUAUGUUAUUGAUGUUUGAGAAUGGUAUUCGUGGUGGAUUGGUGCAGGCGUGUAUGCGGUACGCGAAGGCGAACAAUGUGAAGGCACCGGGUUAUGACAAGACUAAGGAUAAAUCGUGGAUUAUAUAUCAGGAUUGUAACAACUUGUACGGGUGGGCAAUGUCAGAGUACAUGCCGUACGGUGGGUUCAACUGGGUUGAACCCAGUUUAGAUGGAUUGAGUGAGAUGAAAGCGAAAUCUGAUAAAGGACGAGUGUAUGAGAUAGAUGUAACAUAUCCACAACAUUUACAUGAUAAACAUAAUGACCUCCCUUUCCUGCCGCAAAAUAGUAUACCGCGUGGAUCUAAAGUACGGAAACUGAUGACAACGUUUGAUAAGAAGAAAAAUUACAUCAUUCAUUACAGAAACCUACAGCAGGCUAUAGAGAACGGUUUAAUAGUUGAAAAGGUACAUAGAGUUUUGGAGUUUGAUCAGUCGGAUUGGUUGUCAAAAUAUAUUAACCUGAACACAGAGAUGAGGAAGAAGGCGAAGAAUGAGGAAAACUAUGCAAUCGAAAAGGAAGGAAAUGAAGAUGGAGUUAGUAUCAUGUGA